AUGACUCAGCUAGCCGAUGUUCUUCGUGAACUGAAACUCGACAGUGUGUCCUCUGUGGAACUUGAUCCUGCCACCGUCACCUCGUCGUUACCUGCAGAACUGGAUGAGAGUCAGGUUUUGGACGAAAUUAGAGCAAACCAUCUUUCUCCGACAAGCGAGCUACCAUGGGACCUGUUAGACACUUUCCAGCAGGUUCCAGAAGUGGUAUCGAGGGAUCGAGAGCGGUUCUAUCGUUCUAUGAUAACAUUGCCUGCUACAGUUAAAAGAACAAAAUUGAGGUUCCAACGCAGUGGAAUUGCUGGAUCUAUUGUUUCCUACAAAGAGACUUUCGAUAGAUCCAUUUUAGACGCCGGAAACUCGGCAGCAACGUCUCUCUCCGUGAACAGAAAGUUUGGUGGUAAAGACGACGCCGUGAUGGGUAAUUCCGGGUUUCUGCCGUUCCAACCUGGCGGACUCGGCCCAAACGACGAACAAAAUGAUUCCACAAAGUUCCUUCAUCGAGACGAAAACGGCCUGCUCGACAUCCCUCAGGGAAUGAGCCGGGGACUCUCUGUUUCCAACAAUUUACACACAGAUCUUUCCGAGUUGGAACAGAGAACGCAGCACGAUGAUCGCGGAGAAAUCCAGCAGGAAGAAGAUCAGUUCGAGAUUAUCCCCGACGUGGAGGAUGAGAUCUCGAAAUUCAUCCCAGCUGCCAUGCUUUCCAGACCGUCCAAGAAGAAGAAGGCCGCUCCUCCCAAACGUGAGUGGGCCCAUGUGGUGGACGUUAACCACACGAUCGCAAACUUCGACGAGCUGGUGCCCAAUCCAGCACGGACCUGGCCUUUCGAGCUCGAUACUUUUCAGAAAGAAGCAGUCUACCAUCUCGAGAAAAACGAUUCUGUGUUUGUUGCUGCACAUACAUCUGCCGGAAAAACGGUGGUGGCAGAGUACGCAAUCGCCUUGUCUAAUAGAAACAUGACAAAGACGAUCUACACUUCGCCAAUCAAAGCUCUGAGUAACCAAAAGUUCAGAGAUUUCAAAGAAACUUUCAAAGACUUGGACGUGGGUGUGAUCACAGGAGACGUCCAGAUCAACCCAGAAGCGAACUGUCUAAUCAUGACCACCGAGAUCUUGCGGUCCAUGUUAUAUAGAGGAGCCGACUUGAUCAGAGACGUGGAGUUUGUCAUUUUCGACGAAGUGCAUUACGUGAACGACGUGGAGAGAGGUGUUGUUUGGGAAGAGGUUAUUAUCAUGCUUCCAGAACAUAUCAAGGUUGUUCUUCUUUCUGCCACCGUUCCAAACACAUACGAGUUUGCUUCGUGGGUCGGAAGAACUCGUCAAAAGGAUAUCUAUGUCAUUUCCACCUCCAAAAGACCUGUUCCUCUGGAGAUCUUUGCCUGGGCUAAGGACGAUAUUUUCAAGCUGAUUGAUUCCGCUGGAAACUUCCAACAGAAGAACUUUAAAGCUCACGAAGAUAAACUCAUCAAAAAGAAAGAUAUACCCGAAUCCAACAAUGGAAAGUCCGCUGGUCGAGGCGGUGCGGUCGCUCGUGGAGGUACUAGAGGAGGAAAUCGCGGCGGCCGUGGUGGUAGCCGUGGUGGAGCUUCUUCGGUCUCUGGACGAAUGUUCAAAAGAGACGGUCCUAAUAAAAACUCGUGGAACAAUCUGGUGACAUUCCUUCAGAAGAAAAAUCUGAUGCCUGCGGUGAUCUUUGUGUUCUCCAAGAAACGGUGCGAAGAGUACGCAGACACUUUACGUGGAGUCAACUUCUGUACUUCCAAAGAAGCAUCUCAGAUCCACAUGUUCAUUGAUAAAGCUGUUUCGCGGUUGAAGAAAGAGGACAGAGAAUUGCCUCAGAUUCUGAAGAUUAGAGAGAUGCUUUCGAGAGGUAUUGCUGUCCAUCAUGGUGGCUUGCUACCAAUUGUGAAAGAGAUUAUUGAAAUUCUUUUCUCCAAAACUCUCAUCAAGGUGCUGUUUGCGACCGAGACUUUUGCCAUGGGACUGAACUUGCCAACCAGAACUGUCGUCUUCAGUGAACUGAGAAAACACGACGGUACGGGUUACAGAAAUCUGCUUCCUGGUGAGUUCACCCAGAUGUCCGGCCGUGCUGGACGUAGAGGUUUGGACUCUACAGGAACAGUUAUUGUGAUGGCUUAUAACCAACCACUGGAAGAGUUUGCAUUUAAAGAAGUCACUUUGGGAACAGCUACCAAACUGUCAUCCAAAUUCAGAUUGACUUACAACAUGAUUUUGAACCUGCUUCGUAUUGAGGCUCUUAGAGUGGAGGAGAUGAUUAAACGGUCUUUUGGAGAAAACACCACGCAAUCGCUGUUCCCAGAGCAUGAGAUUGAAGUUACGAAGCUGGAGAAACAGCUCAAGGAAACCAAAAAACAGUCCAUCUCCGAGGAAGACGCUGAGAAGCUGAAUCUUUUUUACAACACCAUGGACGAAAUGCAGCAGCAGUAUGGCCAGCUAGUGGAGGAAAGUAUGAAGUUGUUGUACUACCAGAAAAGACUCAAAGUUGGAAGAGUUGUUGUUUACAGAGACCCGGAAACCAAGAUUUCGUAUCCCGCAGUCACUGCCAGAUGGAGCAAUGGAGACGACAAGAUCACCUUGUUGACGUUUGAUGUCUCGCAUUCGUCGAAGAACCAAUACAACUGCGUCUUCACCACCAAUUUUGGACAAUCUUAUGUUGCCAAGUUUUUCAGCAAAUGGAAGCUUGGACAGAACUUCAAGUUUAUUGAGCUACCGCUCUCGUGUAUCGAGUUUGUUGGCUCGUACUUUGUGCGUUCUUACAUCAACGGUGUGAUCAACAAGGACCAAAAGAGCAUUGACGAGUUCAAAGCAGAAAUGUCCCAGCUUUUGAUCUACCAGCGUAAAUGGUCUGAAUUGGACUGGACGGCUUUCCAGAACCCGCAGAUGAUUGAGAUUCUGACCCGGAUCGAUGAGCUUCGCGACACGGUGAUGAACUGUUUUGCAGACGAAGGUUUUGACUCCUUGUUGGAGAAAGAGUAUCCUGAGUUUAUGGAGCGCAAGAACGUUGAACUACGGAUUGAGUCAUUAAAGAGUAUGAUGAGCGAGGAGAAUCUGGAAUUGUUGCCGGACUACGAACAGCGUCUUGAGGUGUUGAGACAGCUGGAAUUUGUAACAGAGCAGCUGACGGUGACUCUGAAGGGACGUGUUGCGUGCGAGAUCAACUUUGGGUUUGAACUGAUUGUCACUGAGCUUGUGUUUGCGAAUAUUUUGGGCAGUUUCACGAGCGAGGAGAUUGUGGCACUGUUGUCGUGUUUUGUAUACGACGGAAAACGGGCCAACGACGAUGGCCCGGCUCCGCUGUGCACUCCGCGUCUGGAGACAGGAAAGGACAAGAUUGUGGAGAUUGUGGAGCAGGUGAUGCAGGUUUCCAACGAUAACAAGAUCAUUCUGACCUCGGAAGAAGAACAGUUCUUGGAGAACAACCGGUUUGGUCUUGUGAACGUUGUUUACGAAUGGGCCAGAGGCCAGUCGUUCAAAGACAUCAUGGAGCUGAGCAACCAAGAAAACGAAGCAGAAGGUACGAUUGUGAGGGUGAUCACCAGAUUGGACGAGGUUUGCCGCGUGGUGAUGAACUGUGCGCUGAUCGUGGGAGACUCGGAGCUGCAUUUGAAGAUGGGCGAGGCACAGGAGAAAAUUAAAAGAGACAUUGUGUUCUGUGCCUCGUUAUACUUGUAA